AUGGAUGGGACUCACGAAAAAGAGAGACGGAGGGGGAUCAAGAGGCGUUGGGACCACCUGUUACCAGGCACGACACCGCUUGACGCUCGACCUUGCGUGCCGGUAAACGGAAGACGACCACUGAAUAAACAUCUCCUUAUUCGUCAACAACGCCAGCACCUCAACAACGUCGACGGCGACGGCGACAACGUCCGCGCAAUCAUCGCUGAGAGCGGCCACGACGAUGUGUUGAUUAGGAUGGUUUUGUUGUGGAUUUAUAGGGAGUAUCGAGUGGAAUCAUACUGGCAACCACAGGAGGUCAGCCAGCUAGACCGUGCAG